AUGGUUCUUAAAAAUUCUUUUGAAAGUUUGAAGCUCCGUCAGUCAUCUGCUAGGGUGACAUCUUCAAAUUCUAUGACAAUUGUUGAGGCUCCGGAAGAAGGAGGACUACAGUCACCGCCUGGCCAAAAGUUUUGGAAGUAUCAUGUUUUACAAUUAAGCCAAUCAGAAUUCUAUCUGACCACCAACCCCGACGAUCGUCACAAAUUUGUUCGAAGCGCGCCAGGAUAUUACGUUAAUCUAGAGCUCUUGAAAGACAAUACUCGGAAUUUUGUAUCAGCAUCGAAUAAUGGUUUCCGUUUAGUUUUCACCAAACAAAGUUAUCCCAAAUCCAACGAAACAGGUGAUAUACUUUAUGAUCCAGUGAAAUCUUUCGCGGUUGAAAAACAAGCUUACUCAAAAGGUGGAAAUGUUGAACUGAAUGGAACAGCCAGCCAGUUUGUUGAUGAAGAGGGUAAAGUUAUAGACCACAUGCAGGACCGACAGUUGAACGUUAAUUACACCAAUAAAGCGAACUCUGUUUCCCAUAAUGGCAUGGUAAUGGAGACAUGCUAUAAAUUAGGCUCAAGCUGCGUAUGUUCUUUGAAAGAGAAGAAAAGUACCAUCUUGUUCAAAAAUAAGAUUGAUGGUGUCAAAUUAUCGAAGGAAGGUUCCAUAUACUUCAUUGAUGAACAACUUGGAGGAACUUACUGGCAUGAUUCAAUACUAGGACUAUUUAGACCUUGUGAACGGGACAUGAAAGCUAAAAUUACCAAAAAGGUUUUAUCUAAAGGUGAUUCAUUUCAUUCUUCACUUCGGGAGGACGCAGCAGACAAUUUCGAAGCACUCAAUUUGGAUGAUGAUAAUGAGUCUGGAACAGACCGUACAUUCUAUUAUGCAAGAGAUGGACUGUUACAACGACACCCUCAAGACGAUUCCCCUAACGAUUUCAAGGUUGGCUGGGUUACAAUUUACGACAAAGCUGAUUACUUUGCAAAAACGGAUGGGAAGUGGGAACAAGUUCUUGGCUUCACGCUCGUUGCAGCUUUCGAGCAAUUCAUUGGUAGGAUUUCUCGGGACUCGGUACUAAUCUGA